CACCCAACUCGCACAAACAACACCCCCGCGCUGUCGUCAGAGCCUCCUGCGCCGCUGCACCCUCCCCCCGACGCGCGCCCACGUCCCCGACACGCCCGCGACGCUGCUCGACACGCCUGACGCGUGCGCCACUGCCUCCCCUCAUAGCGGGGCCUCGUGCGCCUAGUGCUGUGUCCUGCGCGCACCGGCAUUUCAGCCUCUCCUAUUCGCUCAUCGCCCGCAUCCCAGACACGUCGAGUCAAGAGCGCAGACGAGCAGCCGUAUCUUGCCCAUGGAGGGCAUGGAGCCGCAGCCCGAGCACCUGGCCGCCCACACGCCCGCCCCCGUCCUGGAGCAGCCACCCGCAGAGGGCCUCGACGCGCAGAAGCACAUGGACCAGACCAUGGACGCCGACGACAGCAUGACCACCAUCACCGCCCCGACGAGCCCGCCCAUCGCGAGUCCGCCCAUGGCCAGCCCGCUGCCCGACUACCACCAGAACCACAGUGCCUACACGUCGCCCGAGCCCCACCGGCCCUCGACCUCGUACUCGGACACGGCCUACCAGUACGCCGCCCCGAAUGGCUCGCGCUUCAACACGUCCUCGGACGCAGACACACCGCCGCGCCAGCCCUACCACGACAACCCCAAGGAGACACACAUGGGCCAGGCCCAGUCACACUCGCGCCCGAGCUCGCAGCUGGGCCGCUACUCGAGCUCAGAGGGCGGUGCGCGCUCGGCUGCCUACCAAGAACAGAACCAGCGCGGCGCGCAACCACCGCCCGAAGCCGCCAACAAGAACGCCAGCGUCGUCAUCAAGGUCGGCAUGGUGGGGGACGCCCAGAUUGGAAAGACCAGCCUGAUGGUCAAGUACGUCGAGGGCAGCUGGGAUGAAGACUACAUCCAGACGCUGGGUGUCAACUUCAUGGAGAAGACCAUAUCCAUCCGGAACACGGAGAUCACCUUCUCCAUCUGGGAUCUAGGGGGCCAGCGCGAGUUCGUCAACAUGUUGCCGCUCGUGUGCAACGACGCCGUGGCCAUACUCUUCAUGUUCGACUUGACCCGCAAAAGCACGCUCAACUCCAUCAAGGAGUGGUACAGGCAAGGGCGCGGCUUCAACAAGACCGCCAUCCCGUUCCUGGUCGGCACAAAGUACGACCACUUUGUCAACUUUCCCCGCGAGGAGCAAGAAGAGAUCUCGAAUCAGGCCAAGCGAUUCGCGCGGGCAAUGAAGGCCAGUCUCAUCUUCAGCAGUACCAGCCACAGUAUCAACGUUCAAAAGAUCUUCAAAAUCGUCCUCUCCAAAGCCUUCGACCUAAAGUGCACAAUCCCCGAGAUUGAAAACGUCGGCGAGCCGCUUCUCCUCUACCAGGCCGUCUAGUCGCCGGACCGCAGAGUCAAGCCCAGAACCGAAGGCCCGCCACGCAUCAGCCUUGGAAAAGGACACAUGGGGCGCGCCGCCUUCUACCGGGGCAAUGUUACAAUGAGCGAAUGACCUUGAUGAUACUCCUAUAAUUUUCUCUCGCGUGGGAAUAUGCAUGAUAUCGGCGACUGGAGCAAACGUGCUACUACUACUACAACUAUUACCAGUACAUUGGGAAAGGGAAGGGAAAGGGAAGGGAGCAAAAUCGGCGUUUAUCUUGUUGGAUUAUGCGCGUCUUUUUACUACUACUUCUACUACUACUAUGCAUUCUGCCGUGCUGGCCGCGUUUGCGAUGCCCCCUCUGCGUUUGUCGUCUCUUAGCUACGGUAGUGUCUUAUCAAAUAUUACAUAUUGAAG